UGUGUGUGUGUGUGUGUGUGUGUGUGUGUGUGUGUGUGUGUGUGUGUGUGAGAGAGUAUUUAUACACCACACCCUGUCCUGUCCUGGAUCAUAACGGAGCUGCUGCUGCUCGCUGCCUCACUGCUGCUGCUCCUCUGAAGGUCGACUCAACAUGGCGCUGGUAUCUGAGUUUCUGGGCCAACUGACGCUGUCAUACGGAGGGGAGGAGGAGCCCACAUUCCCCACCGUGGUGCCGGUGCUGGACUUCGACCCGAACAAAGACGCUGCCAGGAUCGAGACGGCCAUCAAAACUAAAGGUGUAGACGAACAGACCAUCAUCGACAUCCUGACCCGGCGCAGCUACGAGCAGCGGAGACAGAUCGCCUUCGAGUAUGAACGACUCGCCAAGAAGGACCUGAUCACAGCCCUGAAGGCGGCGCUGUCCGGCUCUCUGGAGGCUCUGAUGUUGGGUCUGAUGAAGAGCACCGCUCAGUACGACGCCUCCGAGCUCAAAGCCUCCAUGAAGGGUCUGGGAACAGACGAGGAGACGCUCAUCGAGAUCGUCUGCUCCAGGAACAACGAAGAACUGCUGGAGAUCAAGAGGGUUUACAAAGACAUGUUUAAGAAGGAGCUGGAGAAAGACAUAGCAGGAGACACAUCAGGAGACUUCGCCAAACUGCUGCUGGCUCUGUUUCAGACGAAGAGAGAUGAACCCUCUAAUGUGGUCGACUACGAGAAGAUCGACGAGGACGCCAGAUGUCUGUAUGAAGCCGGAGUGAAGAGGAAGGGAACCGACGUGGGGACCUGGAUCUCCAUCAUGGCGAAGAGGAGCGUCCCCCACCUGCAGAAAGUGUUCGAGCGGUAUAAGAGCUACAGUCCCUACGACAUGAAGGAGAGCAUCAGGAAGGAGGUGAAGGGAGAUCUGGAGAAGUCUUUCCUCACGCUGGUCGAGUGCUUUGAAAACAGGCAGCUGUAUUUCGCCAACAGACUCAGUGAAGCCAUGAAGAGUAAAGGAGCGAAGGAGAAGGUGGUGACCAGGAUCAUUGUUUCUCGCUGUGAAGUCGACCUGAUGAAGAUCAGAACAGAGUUCAAGAGGCAGCACAAAAGAUCCCUGUACCAGACCAUCGCUGAGCACACUAAAGGAGAUUACCAGAAGGCUCUGCUCAGUCUGUGUGGAGGAGAUGACUGAAGCCUCGACUGUCUGGACUCUGUUUCCCAGAAGGCCACGGGGUGUUUUUUUUUUUUUUUGAAUAUCCGCUGACUGCAGGUCUACGUACAGUAUUAGAGCCUUUUUGUUUUUACUUCCAUAGAAACACGUCAUGUCACCUCGUCUCUCUGACCAGCUUCAGUUGUGAAAUAAAAACCUUUCACUGUU